AGCUCUUGGUGCUUCUCCGCUUUCUGAUAUAGAGCGAGAGUAAACUGUCAGCGCUUUCAAAAUAGAGAGCACUGAGAUCCCUUUCAGACGCUUGAGCAUCUGAAUGAAAGAUGCCGGAAGAAAGCACCGUUGUCCACGAUUUGUUGCCCCAUGAGCGGGACAACACAAAGGAGAGUCAAAUUUUGCUUUGGAUUUGGAACUGCUUGGGAGAAAACAGUUGCUUCGAUUUUGAUCAGUAUGUCAGAGACGGAGUCUUGUUUUGCAGACUUAUGAACUACAUCAAGCCCAAUUCAGUUCCGGGCCAGAUUGUAAGUGGCGGUAAUCUGCGCCAGAAGCGUGACAAUAUUAACAAGUUCCUAAAAGCCGUUCAAGCCUAUGGAGUGUCAAAAGAACUUCUGUUCGAACCCGACGACCUGUUGUUGCUUCGGAACUUACCCAAAGUAACCCGCUGUAUGUUCGCACUCGGUAAAAAAGCUGAAGCAGACUCAUCUUUCAAGGGCCCCUACCUAGGGGACGAACCAUACGAGGCGGCAAACAAAUCUGGAAGGCGACGAGGAGGUCUACCUGUUGGAGAUGACAUCUACAUUGCGCACGUGAAACUCGAGAACGUUAUCAAGCAGCUCCACACUCCCCCCAAGAAGAUCAUUGAUUUUUACAGGCCGCUGAUUUUCUAGAAGAGCCUGUAAAACGAAACUACUGUACUCGCGAUAAAACAGACGACACUUUUAAAAAAUCUUAGCUAAAAUAUUACUCACUGCAGGCUUUAUGUGCUUUUCACAUUGAAAAGAAAAAGUUAAACCUUUUUUUUCGUAGUGAAAUAAAAAAUAAUAGCGUUUAAUUGCACAAAAUUGAAUUUGGAGUAAUCUGCAAUUAUGUGAAAUUAAACGUCAUUAUUUCUUACUUUGAUUUUCAAGCACAAAGGCAUUUAUUCAACUUUAUUUUUUCGUAUUUUUAAAUUGACGCAUGUACGCCUGUUCUGGAAAUAAACAAUAUUCGAAGA